AUGAUCGUUCAAUCACUUCCCAUAGAAAGCGAGAAGGCGCCGGCAGAAUUGCUCACCGCUCUAACGCUGGCGGGCACGACAAUCGACGCCGGGCAGUGGGGGCCUCGGGCCAGUGAAGGUCUGCAAACGGCCGUGACCCACUCACUGCCCAGCGUGCCCGCCGCCACCGCGCACAAUCACAACACCGUCAGUCGGUCACCUCAGGUCGUCGAAUCGUCGACACCCGUCGCUAGCUAUCCCCCUGGUACAGAGUCGGGAUCAUCUCCCACUGGUUCCGCCGAGACUCCCGGCACACAAAUCACGUCGACCAUCACCUCAACUUCCAUGAUCACCAUCACCAGCUGCGGACCUGAGUAA